AUGGACCAACCAGCCCAGGAUGACGCACCCCAGGAAAGGGAGGUAAUCUCUGCAUUCCAAUUUCAGGAGUUAUGUGUCAGGUCAGUGGGGUUGUUAGGAUACAAAUCCAAACUAUUGAAACUAUCGAAUGAUUCUCGUAUCCAAUCAAGUAGUCCACCGGCGGUUGAUUCGCGGCGUACAAGUUCAGGUCCGCUAGCGAUAGAUAUCCCCUUCGAGAGCUUCAUGAAGCUGCCACUUCCUUUUAAAAGCGAUCCUAAGGAUUUCGCGAGUUGUCAUUUAGAAAUAAUGACUUCUAAAGAAUUUUUAGAGGAUGGAGCUUGGAUGGGAUUUAAUGGAUACGGCCUACCACGGCACCUUGACUUAGGGAUAAUAGGUGUAAAUUUUAUAGUAGUAGGUGAGAGUGCUCGUACCAAUGGUAUUGGCCAGACUAUGGAUGGGUCGACUUCUGGACUCGACUACGAGGAUGACUAUUUUGAACCGUACGCGUGGUUACGGGAGGACCAAACAAAUGGGGGAUUCCUCAUGCUCCAGGGAAUUGCGGACCAUAGGGAAGGCAAGGUGCACCUUCGGGGGAGGAUAUUCCCUGCGUCCGGUAGGGUUAUGUUGGUGAUAACAUAUGCAGGUGGCGGGAUAUUAUAUUGGGCGGCGUUCAUGACACCUUUUGGGAUAUUUGGUAGAUGGGGAGGUGAUAUGGGGCAUCGCGAUGGGUACCUCUGGCUUUGGAAAGAAGACUGGUGUGGUGAUUCUAGGGCUGACCGAUCUUGA